AUGGAGGCCCUGCAGCGGCAGCAGGCGGCCCGGCUGGCUCGGGGGGUGGGGCCAUUGGCCCCUCCCCGCCUUCCACCCCCAAGGCCUCCUCUGCCUGGACCCCAGACCCUGCAGGCCCCUGAGGGGGCCUUGGGUGAGGUUGGGGCUGAAGAGGAGGAUGCUGAAGAGGAGGAGGAGGAAGGGGAGGAAGCUGGUGCAGAGGUGGCGGAAGCAGAGAAGAACCGUCCAGGGCCUGGGGACCCCAGCUCACCUGCCAGUCAGCUCCCUGGACCCCAUCCCCAUGAGUGGACAUAUGAGGAACAGUUCAAGCAGCUGUACGAACUUGAUGCAGAUCCCAAAAGGAAGGAAUUUCUGGAUGACCUGUUUAGCUUCAUGCAGAAGAGGGGGACGCCAGUGAACCGCGUACCCAUCAUGGCGAAGCAGGUUUUGGACCUGUACGCUCUGUUUCGCCUAGUGACGGCAAAGGGCGGUCUAGUAGAAGUCAUCAACCGCAAGGUGUGGCGGGAGGUCACAAGAGGUCUCAGUCUACCUACCACCAUCACUUCAGCCGCCUUCACUCUCCGCACUCAAUACAUGAAGUACCUGUACCCGUACGAGUGCGAGACGCGAGCGCUCAGCUCACCCGGGGAGCUCCAGGCCGCUAUCGACAGCAACCGGCGCGAGGGCCGUCGCCAGGCUUACAGUGCCGCGCCACUCUUCGGCUUGGCAGGGCCGCCCCCUCGGGGAGCUCUGGGCCCCGCCUCAGGGCCUGUCCCUGUCCCGCCCGCGCCCCCGCCGGGUCCCGGCCCCUCCCAGAGCUCCACCCCCGGCCUGCCUGUGCACGCGUGCGCCCAGCUGAGCCCGAGCCCCAUUAAGAAAGAGGAGAGCGGAAUUCCCACCCCUCAUGUGGCAUUGCCUGUGGGUCUGGCCCUGGGACCUGUACGGGAGAAGUUGACACCAGAGGAGCCCCCUGAGAAGAGGGCUGUACUGAUGGGCCCCAUGGACCCACCUCGCCCUGGCGCACCCCCCAGUUUCCUGCCUCGUGGCAAGGUUCCCUUGAGGGAAGAGCGGCUGGAUGGGCCUCUCAGUCUGGCGGGCAGUGGCAUCAGCAGUAUCAACAUGGCCCUAGAGAUCAACGGGGUGGUCUACACUGGUGUCCUCUUUGCCCGCCGUCAGCCUGUGCCAGCUUCACAGGGCCCAGCCAACCCUGCACCCCCACCCCCUACAAGGCCCCCUUUCAGCGCCUUGCCCUGA